CCAGCUGUCAUGCCCACGAACGUCAGGGCGACCGCGCCCGAGGCCUUCAUGGUGCUUCACCUGAGGAUGAGGGUGGUGGAAGAGCAAACCACUGCGCUGGUGCGAGACCUGGAGGCGCUCAGCAUUGAUGGGGCAGAGACCUCAGAAACACCUGCUAGUCACCCAGCCAUUAGCCCUGUGCAGGCCAGGGUAGCAUUCGUGGGAGAAAAUACACUGUGGAAAACCUGUGAAACACUGGUGAAUCAAAUGUGUCAGUUAGUGAGUGUUGUACAGACACUGAAAUUAAACAUCUUCCGGCUGCAGCUAGAAAAGGAACUGAAUCCCAAGCAUGCAGCCCAGUUGGAGCAGCGCCUGAAUGCAACCCUCAAGGAGCAUUUGCAAGAAAUGAAGAUUGUACAGCAAGAAGCAACGAAGUUGCCCCAACACCUGAGUGAUAUGAAAGAGGCUGAAGAAAAGGCACAAGAAGUUCAGAGACUGAGUAUUGCUCUGGAGAUUAUAACUGCAUCCAAGAUGGAUGUCAUGGUUGCAGCUGAGGAACUGAGGAACAUAAAACAGAAAAUUAACUGUAGACUUCAGGAGCUAACAGAGCAGCUGUCCCAGGAGAGCAGCCUGUGGGAGUCUUCAGAGGAAUCCCAAGCAACUGUUAUGUGCCAUAUAUGGGACAUGGAAACAACAGUAGAAGCAGAAUGGAAGAAGUUGCGUAAAGAUGUCCAGCUAGCCCGAGUGAAGCUGCAAGAGGAGGAGGAAAGAACUGCCCAACUAGAGCAACGGUGCACACAACUGAAGUCUGAGCUAGACUCCAGGAACGGUAUCAUUUCCCAGCUUGGUGAAGAAGCAAAAAAUGCACAGCUGUCCUUUAGCAAACAAUGUAAAGAGAACCUGCAACUUCAUUCUAAAAUGACUGCCCUGUGAGAAACAGCACAGAAAGUAGAGGUCUUUAAUGACCACUUAAGCCAGCAAUGCUCAGACCUCAGCACCAUACUCCAAAGUCUUGCCAUGGAGAAUGCUAAAUUCAUUUCAGAUCAUCAGACCAUGCUUAAGGAAGAACAAGAAAAGGCUUGUAAGCUACAAGAGCAAGACUGGCUUCUGAAUGCUUCCAAUGCCAACACUCUUGGAGAGCUGCAGAGCAUGCAGCAUGAGAGGGCUUAGCUUCAAAGAGAGCUGGAGGCCUUGCGUACAGAGCAUGGCAAAUAUGGGCAGAAAGCAAGCCUUGCUGAGGAGGCAGCAACCACACAGAGAAAGCUUUUGGAAAGUACUGUUGCUAGACUUCAAGGUGAACUUGAGACAGCUUUGCAAGAGAAGGGAUCUCUGCUGGCAGAAAAGGAAGAUGUUCAACAGGAGAUGCAACAGGUGCUGGCAGAGCUGACUGACAGCAAGAAUAAACUGACCUGUGAUAAAGGAAAACUGCAGGAUGGUCCAUCAGAUAGUCAAAGGCAUUUGGAUAUUAUGUUGGCAAUUGGAAUCCAUGACCCAAAUGCUUUCAGAUUUUGGGAAACUCAUCUUGAAGAAGAGGAACAUUCAGAAAACUCUGUGUCUGAAUGUGGAGAUUGUCCUAGGGUCAGCCAGAAGAUUCUCAUAAAUGCUGUAAAUAACAUGGGCGAAAAACUGGACAAUAUACUAGCCAUUCUCACUCCAAGAUCAUUGAAAACUGAAUGCUCUACUGGGAUUAAUGAAGGAGACUUUAAUGUGAUGGCAAACCUGCAGCACCAGCGGGACACAGCAAAGGGUGCUAACAGUAAGGCGACAGCCAUGCUGGAGCAUGUGUUAGCUUCUCAUGAGAAGGUGCAAGCAGCUCUGGAUGUGGCAUGAACGGAGCUGGGACACAAGGAUGCUGAAAUCAGCAACCUCAGAAAAGACAAGAGCCAGAAUGAACAGAAAAUACAGAGGUUAGAAACAGCAUUGGAACAUUGCCAAGCCAAACUGGUUGCCAUGGGAAAGCACCAGAGCAGCCAGGUGGAGACUGUGUUUUCCAACAACCAGAAACUUGAUUAUCAUUUGGAAGAAGUUCUGCAGCUCAAUAAUGCCCUGCAGAGCAAGCUGAUCCAAGUUCAGUAUGAACUGAAAAGGAAAGAAACUGAGCAUCAGCGGCUGAUGGUCGGCAGGGAAGAGUUAAUGGAAAAAGCCAAGACUGAGGAAAAGAUGUAUGCUGAACUAUUAGAGUCUUUGAAGAAGCAGUUUCAAACUGAACAAGAGGCUUCCAGGAAAGCUGCCUGUCAAGAAUCUGCUGAGUUAAAGAAGUGCCUUGAAAAAUCCUCCUCCGAAUUGGUUGAAGUUUCCCUUGCUACCAGGGAGCUGCGGCAGAAAGUCAUGGAGCUGGAACAGUCUUUGUACGGUUACAAGCUAAAGAGCCAAAGAGCUCAAGUCAGACAAUGCUUGGCCUGUGAAGCUAACACAGAAACGGUAAAGGAGACUGAAUCUAAACUGAGGAAAAUGGAAGCAAUAAGAGAGGAGUAUCAGAAGAAGAAUUAUGAACAAUCACAGGCCAUGCAGAAAGUUGUGUCAGAGUUGAAGAGUGUGCAGAACAAGAUGCAAAUGUUGUUGAAAAACCACCAUGAAGUGCAAAUGCAGAACAGGCAGCUGGACAUCCAGCUGGAAGCAGAGCGAAAGCAAAUGCAGCAGAUGGAAAAUGAAUGUCAGAAAGUCCGAGGAACAACAAAUCAGUGUUACUUCUUUUUCUACCUAGAAACUGGAAAAAACGUCACAUAUCUGAAGAAAUAUAAAGAGGAGGCAGAAAAGAAACUGAGGGAAGCCAGCAUGGAGUCAGAACAGAUCACAGCUAGCCUAGAAGCAGCUGACCGUUGGUUCAAAUCUAAGUUUGGCUGCCUGCCGCUGGAAUAUGUGGAAAACUGCCAGCCAAAGAACCCUGAAGAGAGCAGCUCCAAAAAGGAGGAGAAGCAGCAAGAAGAGCUUCUCACUCAUGCCUCCCCAGACAGCAGGGCAAGGACCCAAUGCCUCCAGCUCACAGGAAAUGAGCUCACUCGGUGGGGUGAUUCCCAGCCCGGGGAGAGCACCACCUGCUAUCAGGAGACUUCCUGA